AUGAAUCUCCAGGUCCCGGAAGGCUGUUCUGUCCUGGGAACUAAUGUGUCUGUCCCACACAGCCCACAAGCAGAAAAAGACAGCAGGUCCAGAAGAAAUUUCAGUGAGUUUGGAGAUACACAGGACCUGGAAACACCUGAUCUCCCGCCUUUACGUCCCAUGGUUCCUUGGCGGUCUCAGGAGGGUCUGUCUCCAUGCCAUCUGCUGACAGUGAGGGUCAUCCGGAUGAAAAACGUCCGGCAGGCAGAUGUGGUGAGCCAGACAGACUGCUUUGUGAGCCUCUGGCUACCCACUGCCUCUCAGAAGAAGCUAAGGACUAGAACUAUCUCCAACUGCUCAAACCCAGAGUGGAAUGAAAACUUCACCUUCCAGAUCCAGACCCAGGUGAAGAACGUGCUAGAGCUGAGCGUCUGUGAUGAAGACACAGUGACACCAGAUGACCAUCUCUUGACAGUUCUCUAUGACCUUACCAAGCUCUGCUUCCGAAAGAAAACCCAUGUGAAGUUCCCACUCAACCCAGAGGGCAUGGAAGAGCUGGAGGUGGAGUUCCUGCUGGAGGAGAGUCCCUGUCCACCUGAGACUCUCAUCACCAAUGGCGUGCUGGUGUCUCGACAAGUCUCCUGCCUGGAGGUUCAUGCAGAAUUGAGGAGGCGGAGGAAGAGUGAGAAAAUGAAGGACCUCUUGGUGACGGUGAGCGAGUCCUUUGAGAACACCCAGCGUGUCUCACCCUGCCCGGAGCUCUGGUGCCCAAACCCUGCCUGCUUCCACUACCCCAAGUACUUCCAGCCCCAGCUGCACAUGCAAACCCCCAAGAGUCACUGGAGCUAUGCGCUCUGCUGCUGCAACGCACACAAGAAUGACCCUGUCUGCCAGCCUCUCGACUCCCUUUCCAAUGACCAGGAGUUGACCCUGCGUGUGGGCAAGAAUUAUGAAUUACACAUGAAGUCUACACCCUGCUCCGAGCCACUGGACGUGCGGCUGGGCUUCAGCCUGUGCCCAGAAGAGCUGGAGUUCCUGCAGAAGCGGAAGGUGGUGGUGGCAGAGGCACUGAAGCAAGUGCUGCAGCUGGAGAAGGACCUGAAGGAGGACGAGAGGGUGCAUUUCCCGGUGCAGAAUGAAAAGCGGCCCUUCCCUGUCCCGACGACCAUGGCUACCUUGUACCGUGACCCUGACUGGUCCUCCAAAAACCUGGAGCCUGCUAUCUUCGAAGCCCGGAGACACGUGGUCAAGGACAAGCUGCCCUCCCUGUUCCCAGAGCAGCUCCGCAAAUUCCAGGAGGAACUCCGGCAGCGCAGCCAGGAAGGCUACAAGGUCACCUUCACAGACUUCUGGGGCCUGAUGAUUGAGGCCUGUCUGGGGGAUGAGAGAAAUGAAUGCAAACUGUCAGAGCAGCGUGCUGCUUUGUGCCGGGGCCAGAACCCCCUGCCCAUCUACCUCACCAUCAAUGUCAAGGAUGAUGUAAGCAACAAGGAUUUCAGAGAGUGGUGUGAGUUCUCUCCCUAUGAGGUGGGCCUGCAGAAGUACGGGGCCUUCAUUCCCAGCGAGCUCUUUGGCUCCGAGUUCUUCAUGGGGCGGCUGAUGAAGAGGAUCCCUGAGUCUCCGAUCUGCUACAUGCUAGGUUUGUGGAGCAGCAUCUUCUCCCUGAACCUACUCGAUGCCUGGAAUCUAUCCCACACCUCGGAGGAGUUCUUCCAUAGGUGGACUAGGAAGAGAGUGCAUGACAUCGAUGAAGAGCCGAUCCUACCUGAAAUCCCCAAAUGUGAUGCCAACACCCUGGAGACCACAGUAGUGAUCCCGGGGUCAUGGCUGUCCAAUACUUUCCGAGAAAUCCUCACCUAUCGACACUUCGUAUCUGAGUUCCACAACUUCCUUUCUGGGCUACAGCUGCACACUGGCUACCUGCAGAACGGCCAGUUUUCCAUGUGGAAAGACACAGUGCUUGAUGGUUUCCCAAACCAGCUGACAGAGUCUGCCAACCACUUGUGCCUGCUGGACACCGCGUUCUUCGUCAACUCCUGCUACCCGCCCCUCCUCAGGCCGGAGAGAAAAGCCGACCUCAUCAUCCACCUCAAUUACUGUGCUGGGUCCCAGACAAAGCCCUUGAGACAAACCUGUGAGUACUGCACUGUGCAGAACAUUCCUUUCCCCAAAUAUGACAUACAAGAUGAUGAUGAACAUCUGAAGGAAUGUUACCUGAUGGAGAACCCCCAGGAACCCGAUGCCCCCAUCGUGAUCUUCUUCCCACUCAUCAAUGACACCUUCCAAAAGUACAAGGCACCAGGUGUGGAGCGAAGCCCUGAGGAGCUGGAGCAGGGCCAGGUUGACAUUUAUGGCCCUCACACUCCCUAUGCCACCAAGGAGCUGACAUAUACAGAGGCCGCCUUCGACAAGAUGGUGAAGCUCUGUGAGUACAACAUCCUGAAUAACGAUGACAAGCUCCUUCAGGCCCUGAGACUGGCGGUGGAGAAAAAGAAACGCCUGAAGAGCCGGUGUCCCUCCUACGCCCCAGGGAGCUUCACUGAUCCUGUGUCUGCUUCUGCAUUAGAGGCCGGAAAUUAUCAGGGCUGA